AUGUCGGUAGUAGUAGCAGAUGCUCAGUCUGUCAAGGUCAUUGGGAUUGCACAGGUCAAAGGUCACACACCCCAUGGUUACCAUACAUUCAAAGUGUAUAUUUUUCAAAACACUUCCCAUCCCUUCAUUAUUGGCACAGAUUACAUGUCUGAAAAGGGUAUAGUUUUAGAUUUUACUUCUGGUAACUAUAUGAUGAGCAAUGCAAUGAAAAGCAAGGUUAAGGUCAGAUCUGUGAAGUCUGUUGAGAUUAAACCCAAUGCAGAAAUAGUGAUAUAUGGUAAGUUACCGAAGAAAUCGGUAAUGGGUACACAAGGUUUAACUUCUGCACAUAAGAGUUUAUUGUCAAAAGGUCUCCUAUUGGCCAGAUCAGUCGUAACCAUACCUGCUAACCGUAUGAUUCCAGUAAAAGUUCUCAACCCCGGUAAUGAUGUGAUAAGCUUGGCUAAAGGUAUGGUGUUGGAAGAUUUUGCUAUGUUGGACCAUUCUUUUAGUGUAAUACCUGUCCCUAUGUGUAACAACUUACAGGUAAAGAUUUCUGAGAAGUCCAUGACAAAGAGUGUAUCUGAUUUUGAAGAGUUUUGUACAAAUUUUGAUUUUGAUAGUAUGUCCAAUAACUUUUCGGAGGAACAAUCCUGUCACCUUAAACAAUGUUUGUUUAGUCAUGAAGAUGUGUUUGUUACCAAGUCUAAUCCUAACCUAGGGUUUACCUCAUUGGUUGAGCAUGAGAUUCAUCUUAAACCCAGUUUUGCUCCAAAGUACCAGAGGCCUUACCGUUUGCCCCCAGACAAGCGAGAAGUUUUACGCUCCCAACUUGAUGAACUCCUCUCUCAAGGAGUUAUUUCCCCUGUUAAUGAGAGUGAGAGCCUUCCUAUAACAAGCCCUAUUGUUCUAGUGGCAAAGCGAAAACCAAAUAAAAGUGUUUCUCAUGCUAAACCAGACUCAAAAGAAAGUCACCUUACUUCUUAUAGAUUUUGCUGUGACUUUCGGUACCUUAAUUGUCAAACAGGAUUUUGUUUACAAUAUCCCAGAUAUACAGGAAUUGACAGAAUCAUUUAG